AUGUCAUCUUCCGACGACGCUCAUCAAGAAUCCUAUUACUACGCGUACGACCCUCAAGGUCGACCGUAUCCGGUAUCUACUAAUAGUGGACGUGUUCAACCCUCCCACAUGCCUGGAACUGCGAGUGGCACGAGCUAUAAUCCAUCCUGGGACCCCAGAGCUAGACAACUAGGUGCCGAUCAAACGCAUUUCUUGGGAUUAGCAGAUACGCAACAGCCCCAAAUCCAGUCUGCUACCCCAUACCAACAGUCAGCGACCCCUGCUUCGUCAGGACAGUAUCCAUGGGUAUAUACACCAGGACAUCCUGAUCUUACAGCAGAGAUGGGAAGCAUCACUCCUGCAGCAAGUACGAGUACCGCACGAGCUCACUUCACAGGCCAAGCUUCCUCUAGUACUCCAAGUUCAUACCCUGUUGGAGACCUUCCUGUAUCGAAUUUGGAGAGAUUCGGUCAUAACGCCACUUCUUACAGGGCUGAUAUUGAAACGAAUCAACUGGCCAAUAUUGAUGAUUACGCCAAUGCCAAUAUGAACCCUUGUCGAUCGUCAAGACAUGGCACUGAGAUAAAUAGGCCUUUCAGACCUCCUAAAAAUAUGAGAAGCUCAUUCUUGGGCUCUCACGGAAGAUAUUGGUUGGAGGCCGAUUGUACAAGAUCUGAAACCUGCUUGGAGUAUUUGGUGAACAACCGUAUCAUCUGGAAAAACGAGGCUGAUACCAUAAGAACCAAGACCAGGGAACAUAGGGACAGCAACAACUAG